AUGGCAUUAUCUACACAGAAUAAAGACUAUGCUUGGCUGGAUACAAAUUUAGCUUUAUUCGGCAGCGAUGAAGAUAAGAAGGUGAAAAAGGAAUCCGCUUUAGCAGAAGAGGCUUGGCGUCCAGUUCUAAGUUGUAGCUGUCCAAAAGUAUAUGUAUGGAGAGUUGAGAAGUUCAAAAUUAGACCAGUUAAUGAAAAAGACUAUGGCCACUUUUUAACGGAGAUUCAUACAUUUACUCAGGAUGAAUACGCGACCGCUGCCUAUAAAACAGUAGAACUGGAUGCUUUACUGGACGAUCAAGCCGUUCAGCAUCGUGAAGUUGAGCACUAUGAGUCGAAACUGUUUAAAUCAUACUUUCCAUCAUUCCGCAUACUUAAUGGAGGUAUUGAUUCAGGGUUUCGUCGUGUUACUCCGAAUGAAUAUCAACCAAGAUUACUGCAUUUCCAUCAAGAUGGAAAAGCACAUUGUGAAGUUCAAGAAGUUGAACUGUCAAUCAACUCAUUAGACUCUACAGACGUCUUUAUUUUGGAUCUUGGUACUAAACUUUAUCAGUGGAAUGGAUCAAAGAGUAAUAAAGAAGAACGUUACAAUGCUGCUCAGUUCUUACAAAAAAUUAAUAGUGAACGGAAUGGAAGAUGCAAAACUGCCGUAUUGGAUGAAAUGUUCACAGAUGCUAGAGAUGAAUUCCUACAAUAUCUACCAGAUAAACCAAUUUAUAAAUCUAAGAAGUAUUACGAAUCAACGAAAUGUAUUUACAAGUUGUCCGAACAACAGGGUCGUUUCUCGUUUGAUUUAGUAGUGAAAAAUCAUCUACCGAAGCGUGUGAUUGGAGAAGAUGAUGUCUACUUCAUUGAUACAGGAUAUGAAUUAUUUGUUUACAUAGGAAGUAAAUGUUCACCGUCUGAAAAACACAAUGCUAUUCCCUAUUCACAUGAAUACCUGAAAAACACACGACAUCCAUACAUUCCAGUCACUGUAAUUGGUCCGAACCAAAAUUCACCAGAGCUCGAAAAGGCGUGGGAUAGAGACAGAACAACAACUUACUUUAACUAA